ACCGUACUCAGCAAGCUUCCUCACCCCAAAACAAGGGAUCAGUCUCAAAGAAGAAUGAAGCGGACACUGAAACCGGGUACGAAAAGAAGACGACCUCCACUGGCUUGCAUCCAGUGCUAUCAGCGGAAAGUCAAGUGUGGCAAGGAAUUCCCAUCCUGCAGCCGGUGUGUGAGGGCCGGAAUUGCCGAGGAGUGCACGUAUCGCGGGGUUUCGACUCAUCAGAAAGAUGGAAUGACCAGCCCUGCCAGAUCUAACUAUCAGGAAGCUGCACCGGUGCCUAGAGUGUUGUCGUCAGAGAGUGGCCUACAAGCAGAAUCCCAGCCCACACCGGCUGGAAUUCACGAAAUGACUCAUCUCCGUCGCAGGGGCGGCCUUGUUCAGUUCUACGGGUAUAGCUAUCACAUGAACUUCUAUCAGCAGUUUCCCGCACUUCGAUCAUACAUUGCCGGUGUGAAAGCUCAGUACCCUGCGAUAAAUGUGGCGAGAGACGGAGUCUUUCCACCAAACCAUGAAAGCACGACCUUUGGCAAGCACAUCAGUGUCCCGGUGGGCACAACGGUUCUCAAGGCUGUGAUACCAAGCAAGUCGGUGUCGGAUGCGCUAGUCCAGACCUAUCUUGAUCGUUUCGAAACCACAUAUCGCGUGUUGGACCGGUCGGCUUUCAUGGUCGAGUAUCAUUGUCAUUGGAGCGGUUCCACGUCAACAGCUCCUUUCUUUCUCGCCCAGCUGCUUUUGGUCCUUGCAACUGGUGCCAGCCUGCAUUCCGAAACCUACCUCGAAAACGAAACCAAAGCAUCAAUCUACAUGCAAACAGUCAAUUGGAUCGACGCCGCUGAAUCAUGGCUGACUUCCACCAACAAUGUUGUGCCACAAUCUCGCGAAGCAAUUGCAGGUCGAUGCUUGGUGCUUAUUGCCAAGCGCGCGAACUACAUACAAAGCAGCUCAUUCUGGACCGGCAGCGGCGAACUGAUGCGGCUGGCCAUGGCGGCGGGAUACCACCGGGAGAUCAGCCCAGCAGCUCGAAUCUCCUCCUACGAUCAGGAGAUUCGUCGGAGGCUAUGGAUGACCAUCGUAGAGCUGGAUGUCCAAGCCGCUCUAGAACGAGGCAUGCCGCCCACUCUGCGACCUGAUGACUUUUAUAUAGCCUGUCCCCUGCACAUUAAUGAUGAUAAGCUCUGCGAGUCUCUUGACUGUACGGAGGUUGCCGUACCUCCGGGGAAAAUGGCUGAUACCUCGUUUCAGGUCACUCUGCUACAAUCCUUGCCGACCAGACUUGCCAUAUGCGCAUAUGUCAACGGCUGCGAUGGAACGAUGCAGUUUGAGCAAGUGCAAGAACUGGGGGAGGCUUUGCACACAGCGCUUCAAAAUAUCCCAGACUGGGAUAGUCGCGCAGCAGAUCCCCGCCAGCAAAAACUGGCGAUGUACUUAAGCACUCUGCUAAAGAUUCAGCUCUGUCAGUAUUUGCUUUUAUUGUAUACCAGGUUCAUCUGCCAGUCCCCGCACUCGUUCCACUCAACCAUAUGUCGCAGAGCUCGUUUGGAUGCUAGCACGACAGUGUUGGAAUGCUACCGAAGACUCGACGACGACGGAAUUCUCCCGAAGCACGCUUGUCAAACUGGGCUGAUGGUGGCCGCCUUGAACAUUUGCCAUGAGAUUUUUCUUUCUCAUAGUCCUUGCGAAGCCAUCUCAAUGACCACUUCCUUGGGGGUAGCAGGACACCUCCUUGGAGCAGUUGAGCAGGUCCUGGCGAUCUUGGAAACAAGGAUAAGUAGAACGCUGCAUGGACUGAACGAGUACUAUCUUCUCAGCAUGAUCAUCGGUCUCGUCAAAACCAGAACAUCCCCGGAGACGAGUGUCAUUAAUGACAAACAAGCUGCAAGUCGAGCAAUCCAAGUGUGCACUUUCCUACACACCGCGCGGGCAUCUUUACUCGCGUGCGACUCCCCUAUCCAGCCCGUGUAA